GAUGUCGGGGCCACAUCGCGGACAGAGUUGGGCUCACACAGCGGGGGCCCUGGCCGCACUCGAGGGGCUGCUGCAGUGCUCGGCCUGGGUUUGAUUGGGCACACCUGACAGACUGUCCCCUGAUUAGACAGUCCUAAACUUAGGUCACAGAGGGAAGGCAUUGACCAUUUUGAACUGAGAUGAUGAGGAGAAAGUUCUUUACUCCAAGUUGCAAACUGCUGCAGGAGCCUGUCUGUCUUGGAGGCUGUGAGCAUGUAUUUUGCCGAGUUUGUGUUGCUGAUUCUCUUGGGACAAAUUGUCCAGUGUGUCACACUCCAACCUGGGUAAAAGACCUGCAGCCGAACAGACAGCUGCACAAUAUUGCCGACCUGUGCAGCCAGCUUAGAGUUCUCCUGAAUGUCAGAGACUCUCCAGGUGCCAAAUGCAAUCUAACUGGAUCAGUAAUCAGACCUGAAAAUGUAACUGGUAAAAAAUGGGAAAUGAGAACAUGGUUCAGUCCACGCAGUAGAAAAAUGAGGUGUGUGCUAGAUAUGAAUGCUUCCAGGAAGAAUCAGAAAGUGGCUUCCAGUUCUGGUUUUAAUGGGUCAUCAUCAUCUGUGUUUGAAUUCAUGUCAUCACCAUCUCCUCCACUCAACUCUCCAAAGAAGAAAGCUCCGGUUAACUCAAAACAGAGAGUAAGGAAAAGAUUAGCUGAUGCCAAUAAAGGUUGGGGUUUUGGAAAGAGAAGAAGCAAGAAAAUGGAGAGAGGAAAUGACAGCCCUGAAAAUAUAGAUUAUCAUAGAGUUGUCUCAUUUUGCAGCCAAUCGGUGGUCCUCAGCAGCCAGGGGCAAACAGUUGCAGGUGAGACAGCUGAAGAGUCACUUGCUGUGCCACAGGAUGACAAUGUAAUUGACUCCAGUGCAGAAUCUUUGACCAAGAAUGUGAUUGAGAAUUCUUCUGAAGCAUGCUGUACUCCAACAGUCUCCAGUUGCAAAAAUAUUUCCCUUGGACAAACUUUCAAUCAGGGAGGAGACAUUUUUUCUCUUGUCCCCAUCCCAGCCACACACACAAAUGCUAAAAGAUCAAGGAAAUCAUCAGAUUCACGCAACCUGACUCUUGCCAAAAAGAGCAGAAAAGAAGUACAGAAUUCUUGCUUUGAAAAGUCAUCUGCAAUUGUUUGUGAGCAAGCUAAGUUAGACACACAACAGGAAUUUUCAGCUACUCCAGCACGUCAAACUGAGUUAAGCGGGAGCAUUAAUCAGACGCAAGCCCCUUCUUCAACAGAAAAUAACUGUGGUACACCAUCUAGCAGAUACAAUGCUCAAGGAAAGCAAUGUGCAACCCCAAAAUCUCCUCAAACACCACAAGCUACAUUUAGAAGCCAGUUACCUGGAAGUUGUGCAAUGACUCCAAUCUCACCUGUUACUCCCACAAUGAAAAGAAAUCACAAGGGUGAGACUCCACUUCACAUCGCUGCCAUAAAGGGUGAUAUUGCAGCAGUGGAGCAGCUUUUGGAGAACGGAGCGAAUCCAAACAUCAAAGAUAAUGCUGGAUGGACCCCAUUGCAUGAGGCAUGCAACCAUGGACACUUGGAAAUUGUAGAGCGGCUGCUGAAAUUUGGCGUGCUACUGAAUACACCAGGAUACCAGAACGAUUCUCCCUUGCAUGAUGCUGUCAGGAAUGGACACGUGGAUGUUGUAAAGCUGCUGAUCUUACACCGUGCCUCUCAGGAUGUGAUCAAUAUCUUUGGGCUGCGGCCUGUUGAUUAUGCAAAUUCAGAAGAAAUGAUAGCUGCUUUACAUCACUCCCCCAAAAAUGAGGAUCCAGUUGCUGAGCACUGCUUUGCAGUGACUUCAAACCAGAGAAGAGAUGGACCUAUUGUGUUACUGGGAAGUGAUCUCCUUGGAGCCAAGAAGAAAAAACUUGACAAAUUAGUAAAGCUGUUGAAAGCUGGGAACUGCACUGAAUUUAAUACCUCGGUGACGCACAUUAUUGUUCCCAAUGAUCAGGCUCUCUCUACCAUGAAGUGUUUGAUGGGGAUCGUCUCUGGCUGCUGGCUUGUGAAUUUUGAAUGGGUGACAGCUUGCCUGGAGAAGAAUGACAGAGUAGCUGAAGAAGACUAUGAGAUAAAUAUUGUAAAUGGUCCCGAACGUGGGCGACGGAACCAGGAGCAGCAGCUACCAAAACUAUUUGAUGGCUGCCACUUCUAUUUCAUGGGCCCAUUCAAAAGCUGCAAGAAGGAAGAUCUUGUUAAUUUGGUCAAGGUUGGUGGGGGGCAGGUCCUUGCCCGGCAGCCAAAACCAGACAGCGACGUGACUCAGAGCAUCAACACUGUGGCUUACCAUGCAUCCCCUGGCUCGGAUCAGUCGUUUUGUACACAGUAUAUCAUCUCUGACAAAGACAGUAACUAUAAGCCUGAAAGAGUGAGGUUAGGUAAAGUGUGGACCACCCAUUGUACAUGGCUGAUUGACUGCGUGAAAGCAUUUGAACUGCUGCCGAUAACCGAACACUAAUGAAUUUAUCCAGAUAUGAAGUUGAUGUAUUUUAUAAAAUGAGGCUCUGAAUGAUGUACUAUUGAUACAAAAUCAUGAAAAAAAAGCUUGAAAAUGUAAACGCAACUCAGAAAAUGCAAAUAAUAUUAAAA